UGUUCCAUAGAGUGGCGAGUAUCUCUGUAUUUUUAUCGACUGUCGUUACAGCUUUAGUAGACAUCCAGGAGAUCAGUGGUAGAGAUGAAUUGAGCCCAUUUGCAGGAUAGUACUUAUUUGUCAGGCAAAGAAUUUAACGAGUAUUAACAAAACACAUUCUGUUGACAGAAUGGCACUGAAAAGGAAUGUCGUCAGCUUGCGUUGAGCGUUAUGGUACCGAAAGCAGCUGGAAUGCAUGUGUGCAAUAAGGAUAACAGCACAAAAAUGAUAAUUGUUAUGUGGUUUGGAAAAGGAUGUACUGUAUUGGUGGAUCAUGGAUUUAGUUUUAUGAUCAUUUAGCUAUGCAUGAAGUUAUAUUGCAGUGGCGCUGUACAAGUUAUAUCAGUCAUGGAUGAAUCACCAAAAGAAUGAGAGUUGGCACUACAUCAUAUAUAGCAGCAGAGCCUAUGAAAACGGCAACCCAUCACAGUCGCACAUGCAUUUUCCAACUAGUGCGGCAAAAGGCAAACGGUUCUUUUAAGGAUAGCGAAUCACUUCAAAGAGCCAUGUAAAGAGCAGAGAAUCCAACCAUUGUGGCGCUCAGCGCCGACACUACACUGUUUUAUUCCAGUAAUGCCCAUUUACACAUGACCGAAUUGAUUUUAUGGACCAUUCCAUUACUACCUGCCAAAGUGACGGUGAGAGGACAUUUCUAUACAAGAAGGUCACAGGAAGAAGCAGGUGUCAAGGCUGUGGACAUGUGGGUGCACUUGACUGUCAAAGAGCAACAACCAAUUGUAACGAGAUACAAAGGGCAUCGAAAGUGCAAACGUCUCUUCAAAGAUUUGAUGUCUCAAGCCUAUUUGUUUAACCUUGUGAAAAAUACCUUGGUUUAACCUCAAGUGUUUGAUUUAGACUUUUAAAACGCUGAUUUUGUUGGCGAAGCAAACUGCCAUUUCAUUGUGAUUUUCAAAAUCUGAAGCCCCCCAGUUUCCAUUAUAAGAAGCGUCUAGUUAAAGUGCUGUUGGGCGACAAAGAGGGGUGCUAUUCAGAGCAUUUAUGAAUUUUCCAUUUUAAUUAAAUCUCAGUCAUAUAUGAAUAAACAAAGUAUACAGUUAACACAAUUAUGUAAUUGAAUUCUGUUGUGUGGGAGAUAAUUUAAAACAUCUUUGCUUUGGUAAUUUCUUAAAAGAAUAUGACAGGUUAAAUGAUCACACAAUACUCUAUGUGAAACAGAAGUUGUAAGGUAUGGCCACUGCAGCUGCAACUUCAUGCUGCGAUUGUCCCAUUCUGCCAUAUCCUAAAGGUGUUCUGUUGUACAUGGAAGGCUACUGCAGAACACUGAACACAUUGUAUUGUUUCAGAAACCAGACUGAUUUGUGACAUUGUGCAUUGUCAUGCUGGAAGUAUUCUGUGUCUGUUAGCACAGAUAUGCUAAUAUCCUUAAAAGCCAGACAUAUUUUAAGUGUUUGAGGAAUUGGACUGGGUUUUGCAAUGCUGCUAAGUUAUUACAAUGUGUUUUGGGAUUUUGCAGAAUGAACAUGAGAACACCCAAGCGGAAGAUUUGAGUUGCCACCAGAGUAUAGAGGAUAUGAGGAUUUUACUUGCAGCAGCAGAUGAAAACAAUUUAAUACUUCAGGACUCAUAUGUUUGUAUUGAGUCUGAACUCAGUAAGCAGGAGAAGGAAAUGAAGCAACUCAGAGACACAAUAUCAAGGAAUAUGGAGGAAACAAAAAUGUUAGAAAUGAAAACUCAAAACUUAAAACACCUCACAGAGUGCAUCCUCGAAGAAUUUCCAAAUCUGGUACAGAAACGUCAGGAAAUGGAAAAUGAAGAGUCAGCUGACCCUGACAUGCGACUGGAAGAAAGCCAAAGCAAACAGGCAGGCAAUGAACAAGUUGGUUCAAGUGGCCAGGCUGAGCAUCUCGAGCAGCAUUCUUUCACAGGAUCAAGCUCUAGAAAACAGUGGGAAAGGCUAAGUGAACAGAAGAAUGUGAAUAUGCAAGAGGCCACCUAUGAGAAUAUGAGUCUGGAGCAAAUGAAAAUUAUACUGCAGCAAAAAAUGGAUGAGGCCAUACUGCUUGAUGAUAUUUAUGUCAACUUAAAGCAUCAAGUUCUUAAACAGGGCAAUGUGAUAAGGGAACUUAAUGAAGAACUUGAGGUGAUAACAUUGGAAAAGAAAAAGCGGGAGAGAGAAUUUCACAGAUUAAAACAUCUCACAGAAUGUAUCCAAGAGGAAUUUCACACUCUGUUAAAGAAGGAUCAGCAAACGGGAAGGGACGAAAGAGAUGGAGAAGUUCCUGAGACAAGCAAUGCGAACAUUUCUGACUGAAGAAGAUGGAAUUCCUUUGUGCUCCUAUUCCAAUUACCGUGCGUGCUUGACUUUCACUCAUUCGUUCACUUCUGAAAUGAGGACACUUACUAUGAAAUACCUAACUUGUGCCAUUAGUUCUCCUGGAGGGGCCUGCACAUUUCAGGGUCUUUCCACUCAUUGGUGGACUUUCACUAGCCAUGUGAUUGCUGAUAUAAACCAUAUGAUUGGUGAACAUACAGUAAUAAGAAUUACUGAGACAAUACUUACACAGACUAAUUCAGGACUUGACAUAACAUGCAAAUAGACAAUUUGACCUCUGAAUUUAAGGGCAUUGUCAUUUACAUAUUUAUUAAAAGUGUUUUUUUGGUUUUUUUUUUGCAUAAUAGAGCUGAAGUGAAAUCUACAAAGUGUUUAUUAUUUUAUAUUGGCAAUUUCACAAGGCAUAACAAGUACUAUGGCUGAAAACCUGCAUGUGUCUUUGGUCAAUUAAUUGCAGAAAAAAUUCCCACUCUAUGUAUGCAAGAGGAGAUUUCAUAAUGCUAGAUGCCAUCUUGGGGUUGUUAACAUUAGAGGAGCAUGGUUCCUUUAAAAAGUGUUGUUCUUUGCAUGCUAAUUACCUUUUGGCGAAUUCAAACAUCUGUGGACUAAUCAAUAAGGAAUUAUAAUCCUGUGGAGGAAUGCUGCGAUUAGAGAGAUGUUAGAAUAAAAAACCUCCUGGAGUCAGUGUAACCAGUAAGAGGUCACUAGAGGGGUACUGAAUUGAAUGUGUUCAUUAGUCUCUUGGGCUGGUACCAAGGAGGAAGCACUGGAAUCAAGCAAGGUCAGAUCAGCUCAAGAGUUUAUUUUCAAAUAGGAAAUACGCAUUAAUAUAUGAACCACUUAAAGAGGAUCAUACAACUGGUCAGCUGACUCACAUUGGGAGGCAGCAUGUAAACUUACAGAAGUUACAAACUUGUUGGAACCUGAGAGGACACAAGCAAUAGCCCACCAGGAGGAUGUUUAGUGAGCACCUUGACUGGAGAUAAUCAUUGAUAUGUUAUGGCUUAGGACUGAAUUCAUGAAAGUUCCAGCAAUGACGUCUUGAAAUUGCAUCCUAUAAUUUUGAGAGAGCAACCUAGAGUCCACUUUAAUAAAAGAGUCUAGACAGUCUAAACAAUUUCCUUUCUUGCUCUGUACAGUCAAGAUGUCCUCUCUGGUGUUUUCCUGUAAAACUGGUCUGUUCUAGAAAUUGGUCACUGAUAAACAGUCUACCACGUUUACCCAUCCCCAGAGACAAGCAUUGGCACUGUCCUGUCCAUUGUGAUUAAUUUUCCUUUUUGAACCCAUCUGGUGUACAUGUUGUGCCCUUUUUUUGUAAGCAAGAAAAAAUUUUAAAAGCACCAACUUUUAGACGAUUGGUUUAUAAACUGUACAUCCGUCAAGGGUAUUAUUUGCUCAUGUAAGUGUGUAUAUGUGUGUAGCUGUGUUCGUUAAGGGUUUCCAAAAUAGUUCCAAAGGCAGCUAAUAGAAAGUGUUGUGAAUUUAGUGGGACAUGUAUACAAAAAAAGUCACACGGUCUUAAGUGUCUUUGUUUUGAAGGUGUUAGUGAAAAUCAAAGCAAACCAUUAAUACAAAAAUUGAUAAUGCACGCAAAAAAAAUCAUUGUUUAUGAUGUUUCUGUUUAAGGCUUGAGUAUCUUAAUUACAUCUCCUUAAGUUUCUUUAUGUUAUCAUUAAUAUAGUGUAAAAUAUACAGUACAGGCCAAAAGUUUGGACACACCU